UAUUGUAUGAAACGUAAACACAUUGGGGUUCGACUGCGGCUCUACUGAUUCAUUUUGUAAUUAAAUUUAAACUGUUUUAAAAAUGUCUCUUUGGGUGGAUAAGUAUCGGCCCCUGAAUUUUAAAAAAUUAAGUUACCAUUUAGAGCAAGCUCAACAAUUAAAAAACAUGGUUGAACAAGGAGACUUUCCUCAUUUAUUAAUUUAUGGCCCACCAGGAGCUGGAAAAAAGACUCGAAUUAUGUGUAUUCUUAAAGAACUUUAUGGUAAUGGAGUUGAUAAGUUACGAAUGGAAUCAAUGUUAUUUGAGACUCCGUCGAAAAGAAAAUUUGAAAUUAUGACUAUUAGUAGUAAUUAUCACAUAGAAGUAAAUCCUAGUGACGUAGGUAUUUACGAUAGAAUAGUUGUCAUGAAUCUUGUCAAAAGCACUGCUCAAACACAUCAGAUUGAUCCUAGUGGUCAAAGGGAAUUUAAAGUGGUAUUAUUGACGAGCGUCGAUCAAUUAACAAAAGAUGCACAGCAUGCACUUCGUCGAACCAUGGAAAAGUAUGUUGGAACUUGCAGACUUAUAUUAUGUACUAAUUCAAUAUCACGAGUAUUACCCGCUAUAAAAUCAAGAUGCUUAGCAAUUAGAGUUCCUGCCCCAAAGAUCGAUGAUAUAAAAUCAAUUUUACAUUAUGUAGCCAAACGAGAAAGUCUCAAUCUUCCAGACGAGCUGGCUACUAGAGUCGCUGAAAUGAGUGGGAGAAAUUUGAGAAGAGCAGUUUUAAUGUUGGAAGCAUGCAGAGUGGAGCAAUAUCCAUUUACAGCAGAACAAAAAGUUACGGAACCAGAUUGGCAAGUUUAUAUUAGGGGCAUCGCUACUCUUUUGGUCACCGAACAAAGUCCACAAAAAUUAUUGGAAGUGAGAACUAGGUUUUACGAACUGCUAACGCAUGGAAUUCCUACAGAUUUAAUAUUUAAGGGAUUGCUGCAAGAAGUUACUAAAAAUUGUGAUUUACAGUUGAAAAUUCAAAUUGCAAAUGUGGCAGCCGAUUACGAGCAUAGAAUGCAUCAAGGAACAAAAAUUAUUUUUCAUUUGGAAGCAUUUGCUGCCCGAUUUAUGGCAAUAUACAAAAAGUUUAUGGAUGCUUCUUUAGAAGCAUUUGUGUAAAAAUCCUGUUCGCAGUUAAAUAUAUAUAUAUAUUUUUUUAGAUUAAGUUGUUAUAUUUACAAUAUUAAAUUAUU